AUGGCGUCUGCCAUGCGCCCAGCUGCGCUGACUCGUGUUCCGUUCACCAUGCCUGUGCGUACUAUGGCUUCGGAGUCUGGCCCGCAAGAGAUGACGGUUCGCGAUGCGCUCAACUCUGCCAUGGAAGAAGAGCUUCACCGUGACUCGCGUGUGUUCCUCCUUGGUGAGGAGGUGGCUCGCUACAACGGCGCAUACAAAGUAACUAAGGGUCUCCUUGACAAGUUUGGUGAAGACCGCAUUAUUGACACACCCAUUACUGAGGCUGGUUUCACUGGUCUGGCUGUGGGCGCUGCUUUUGCUGGUCUGCGCCCAAUCUGUGAGUUCAUGACCUUCAACUUUGCUAUGCAGGCCAUCGACCAGAUUGUGAACUCGGCUGCCAAGACGCACUACAUGUCUGGUGGUAUGGUAUCUUGCCCCAUCGUAUUCCGUGGCCCGAACGGUGCUGCUGCUGGUGUGGCUGCGCAGCACUCGCAGGACUACGCUUCUUGGUACGGUCAGAUUCCUGGUCUCAAGGUUGUGAGUCCGUACAGUGCUGAGGAUGCGCGCGGUCUCCUCAAGGCGGCUGUUCGUGACCCGAACCCUGUUGUAUUCCUGGAGAACGAAAUUUUGUACGGCCACAGCUUCCCUGUAUCGGAAGAGGCCCUUUCGGAAGACUUUGUUAUUGAGAUUGGUAAGGCCAAGGUCGAGCGUCCUGGUAAGGAUAUCACCAUUGUGUCGCAUACUAUUGGUGUGGACCACUCGCUCAAUGCUGCUAAGCUCCUGGAAGAAGAGGGCAUCAGCGCUGAGGUGAUCAACUUGCGCUCUAUUCGUCCUCUUGACAUUGACACGAUUUUGGCAAGUCUCAAGAAGACCAACCGCUUGGUGACGGUGGAGUGCGGUUUCCCUGCCUUUGGCCUGGGUAGCGAGAUUUGCGCCCAGAUCAUGGAGACGGACGGCUUUGACUACCUCGAUGCACCAGUGGAGCGUGUGACAGGUGCUGAUGUCCCGACGCCGUACGCUCACAACUUGGAGGACCGCGCUUUCCCUACCCCUGAAGUGAUCGCACGUGUGGCUAAGCGUGCGCUCUACCGCGUAUAA